GCGUGGCCACGGGGCGGCCGAGGAGGAGAAGAAGAAGAAGCAGCAGCAGCAGCGGCCAAACAAAGAUGGCGGCGCCUAAGGGGAGCGGAGCCACCGGCUGAGAAGAGACACCAGCGCAACCGGAGCAUGUCGGGGCCGGACGAGCGGGAGCCCGGAGGAGGAGCCGGGGCGGCGUCGGUGGCCGCCUCGGGGGCCGCCGGCGUCCCUCUGGCGCUGGGGGAGGCGGCGGGGCCCGGCCCGGGGGGCGCGGAGGAGCCGGGGCCGCCGCUGCUGCAGCUCGGGGCGGGCGGGGCGGGAGCGGGGGGCGGCGGAGGAGGCCGGCAAUUGCAGCCCGAGCCCGGCGGCGACCGAGACUCCGACGCGCCGCCCAAGAAGCGGCUCAAGCUCCCGGGAGGCGCCGAAGGAGGCGGCGGCGGCGGGGUGAAGCUGGAGGAGCGGCUCUACUCGGUGCUCUGCUGCACCGUCUGUCUCGACCUCCCCAAGGCCUCCGUCUACCAGUGUACAAAUGGCCACUUGAUGUGCGCUGGGUGUUUCAUCCACCUGCUGGCAGAUGCCCGGCUCAAAGAGGAACAGGCCACGUGUCCCAAUUGUCGCUGUGAAAUCAGCAAGAGCCUCUGUUGCCGAAAUCUUGCCGUAGAAAAGGCGGUCAGCGAGCUGCCCUCGGAGUGUGGCUUCUGCAUGCGGCAGUUUCCUCGCUCUCUCCUGGAGAGACAUCAGAAAGAAGAAUGCCAGGACAGGGUCACUCGGUGCAAGUACAAGCGGAUUGGGUGCCCAUGGCAAGGUCCUUUCCAUGAGCUCACAGUACACGAGGCGGAGUGCACACACCCAACCAAGACCGGGAACGAGCUGAUGGAGAUUCUGGAUGAGAUGGACCAAACGCAUAAAAAGGAAAUGCAGCUGUACAACAGCAUCUUUGGCCUGCUGAGCUUUGAGAAGAUUGGCUAUACAGAGGUCCAGUUCCGUCCAUACCGAACAGAUGACUUCAUCACCCGCCUCUACUACGAAACUCCGAGGUUCACAGUGCUGAACCAGACCUGGGUCUUGAAGGCCCGGGUUAACGACUCGGAGCGGAACCCCAACCUGUCGUGUAAACGGACCCUCUCCUUCCAGCUCAUUCUCAAGAGCAAGAUCAACUCCCCCAUGGAGUGUUCGUUCCUGCUGCUCAAGGGACCUUACGACGACGUGAAAAUCAACCCUGUGAUCUAUCACUUUGUCUUUACCAACGAGAACAACGAAACGGACUAUGUGCCCCUCCCCAUCAUAGACUCUGUGGAAUGUAACAAAUUGCUGGCAGCCAAGAACAUCAACCUGCGUCUCUUUAUAUUCCAGAUACAGAAGUAAAGUGUAAGCAAAGCUUGGGCUUUUCCAGGUUUGACAGAGCGAGAGAGAGAGAGAGAAAGAGAAAGAAUGCACCACUGAACCAGAGUUACCUCGUAUGGCUGCCUCGGCCCCUUUAUGAUUCCACAGUUAUUUGGUUAUUUUAAAAGAACAUUCUGCAUGUGUGGUAUACAACAAGCUUUUUGAGUGUGGUCGCUGCCUUCCUCAUCUCUCUCCAUCUCUGCCACAAAUUAGGUGACUGGGGAGCUGGAAUGAUGUAGGCUGCCGACCAGGCCUAAGAGUCAGGAGGAAAAGCUGCCAACCACCACCAGUCAAUACAUUAUGAAAAGGCUGCAUCUGUGUCAUGGUUGUAUGUGAUCUCCACAAGAUAGUGUCCAAGUGGUUGCGGGUCAGGGUCCUUGGUGCCCUCUGACCUGGCGGGUGGCAGUUCUGUCGAUACUAACAAGCAUCAUGCAGAGUCUGAAAGUGAUGAGUUCUGUCCUUAUUUUACUGGAAUAAAAUAAAUGUGGAGUGUCAGGGUGGGAGAGGUUCUCAAGAAGACAAGACACCUUCAGGGACCCCAGUCAAGGGGAAUAUAUUGUUGUUGUUGUUAUUGCCAGGCUGCUUCUAGCUAGGCUGAAGUGCCACAUUCCACAGAGGAGCAAGUCUUGCUGGGGGAAGUGCUUUAUAGCACAAACGGGCAGCAGAGCACUACAGUGUUCUUCAAUUGGUUUAUCAAUAGUCCAAAUCAUUCCCCUUCCCAACUUUUCACAGUUGGGUGAAACUGGUGACUGGUAUAGAGCAUUUGAAGCAGGGCUAGGCUUAAAAGAAGGUUUGUGUUGAUAAACUCGAUUGUUUAAAAGUUGCUGGCCCUUGCACACGGGAGGUGGCACCCUCAGUGCGCUCUGAAUUGCAUUUCACAAAGAGAAGUAAACCAGAGAUGGGUCUCUUGUCAUCCCCAGUGCUGCCCUGUUUGUCCUGUUCUCUCUUACCCCACAUUGACCCACAGCUCCCCCAUCCCCAAGCAGGCUUGAUCUGACAGACUAAAUAAGAACAUCUGUAGGACUGACCCAAACCAGUGCAGGACUCUCGGAAUGCAGGGUGACUUAUUCUGUCUGUUUUUGGGAACUUUCCCAAUACCUUUUUUUAUUUUGUUUCCUUGUGCAAAUGAGUUAACAGGCUCUUCUAAGUAAUUAUGCAAUUUUACCAUGUGAUUUUAUGUAUGUAAAAAUAAAUAGAACAAGUUUAUGGAUGAGGAUAGUUGGGGGCCGUUCACCAAAUUUCAACAAGAUCUACAGGGAUAUUUUGCUUGAUGCUCUUAUACGUAUUUUAAAGAGGUGGUGGGGGGAAUUGGUGGGAAAUGAAGACAUACUGUGUAUCAUGAGGAACUCAUAUGUUAAUACUGUGCAUUCAAGAUUAUUUUUCCCCUCUCCUUCAGCUUCCCCACCCCAGUUUGUUAUUUUGUUUUUGUUUAAAUGAGGCUGCGUUAGGUGGCGAUUUACACUUUAUAUGGACUAAUUGGAUCAGGUAUCUUUUUGUAAAACGUGAUAAUCCAUUGCAGGUGCUUUCUUUCCUGGGAUCUGUGCUGCUAAGGGGUGACAAAAUAGUUCCAUCCCCUAGUUUUCAUGUCCCACCCACCUCCUCCUCCUUUCAACCUCCUAAUCAUCGUAAAGGCAGACAACAAGCUUUUAAAAUAUAUUUAGAAAGGUGAGAAGUGAGUCUGUGAUGGCCCUCGGGAGUUCUGGUUUCACCAAACUAUGUCCGUCUUUAAAUAUGCCAGGUGUCUGACACCCCUCUUGGAUUCAGCGUCUCAGGCAGGGCAACCAACUCUUGGUGGGUUUAUCUGUUGCACAAUCGACUAAAAGCUGUGGCAAGUCACAAGAUUUGCAAGCCUUGUGGCAUGAGAAAAUGUUGUGGUAUAUACUGAGUAGGGGAAAGCAAAAUAUGCCCAGAUUUACUGUGACAGAGGACUGGCAAGGGAUUCAGUUAGGGGAGAGAGUGAUGUCUGCAUCUAGACUGUUCCUGGUUUUGCAGAAAGCUUGGGUUUGAAUGACUCUCCUUUAGCUAUUUCAGAUGGCAGUACUUGGUCUCAGAACUUGAGGAUAGAACUUCUGGUCUGCAUGUGAAUGGGAUAUAUGGAUUAUCCUGGCUGGGACAAUAAGGUGAACGAACAGUUGUGCCCUUCAGAGGGAGAACCUGCCAGCCACGUAUGUUGCUGUUUCUGUUCAUAUUGGCAGCAAUUGGCUAAUUAGGGUGUGUUACUGGCACAGGGUUGUCAAAAGCACAAGAUAGUUGUCUGUAAUUCUUGCUCUGACACUUUUAAUCUUACUCUGAAUCACAAGAUAGCAUCUCCAAAAAAAAAUAAAAAAAAAAUAGGCUACCUGCUGUUUUCCUUUUUGAUAAUGGACAGUUCUAAGAGCUGGCAUCUUGCAGGUUUGGCCCUUAAACUCACCCACUAAAGGCAGAAUACAGUUUAGAGCAAGAUUUACCCUGGGCCAAAUGAAUGGGCACCUGAUGCCACCUUUCUUGCAUUUGGGAAUGCAAGUCAGUGCUGAAUGCAUUUCCAGAUGUCUUUGGAACCAAUACAUGAUCCUUGAGGGCUGAAAGCAAACAACCUGCACCGACCUAAUGUAGGUCACAGAGCUGUAGCACAAGAAAGUAUCCUCUUUCUGAUGCCCAAAGAUUUGAUCAGUCAGUGGUUAAAGUUGCCUCCCUUAAAUUGUCGCCAGUAUUAGCAGCACUCUUCCUCCUUAGAUUGGAGUAGGUGAUCUUUCCCUAUCCCACUCAUUUACUGGAGGGGCUUCAGAAAGAAGGACAGAUAAAUUACCUCCCAAUGUUUGGUGCAGAGUUUGAAAAUCUGUAGUUCCAGAGAUUGAUAGGCUUGCUCCAGAUAUACUUCUGAGUAAAAGUGAUUUGAGCGGGAAAGCUUCCGCAGCCACUCUUGGUAAAGCAAUUGGAAAAGAUUCAUCUUGCUGUUCAAAUGGAAAAGGCAAGUUCAUCCUAUGGGAGCAAGCAGUGCCUUGUGAUGUCUACAAUGUGGGAGCUGUGCCUGGGUUCACCAUUCCACAGCCUAGAAGGGAAGGCACCUUUAGGGAAUAAGUAUUCCAGGUCUGAAGUUGCCAAGAAGGUGAGGCAGUGCCAACAAAGUUUGUUAGGCUGUACCUGGCAAGUGCUAGUAACAUACACAGUUCAUAAUGAGGCAGAUGGUAACUCAUGCAUUUGGGCUCUAGAAGGUGGCAAGCUUAAUGGAGUUUUCCUACCUUUCUGGCCUAGGAUUUUAUUGGCCAGCGUCAGUAUUUCUCUACAUCUGAACAGCCAGGCCAUCAUCCCAGGGAGUCUUGUGAACCUUUUACUUGCUGGGUCAUCUGAGUGCCAGAUGCUUUUCACCCUAAAGUCCCUUUUCUUUAGGACAGCCUUUCCGCAGCCUCAGGCCUUCCAGAUGCUCUCUGGCUUCAACAUAUCCUUCGUGUUGGUAGGAAGAUGGCAGGUUCUCUAAAAGCAACCACAGAUUGAUAUUGGGGUAUUGGGGGGGGGUCUACAUUGACCUGACCAUCAUAAAAGUGCUGCUGCUCCCUUCCUAUGAACACUUUCUUAAGAACAUAGGCGCAGUUUAGGCCAGAACUUUCUUUCUGGUUGUCCAGCAAGACAUUGCUGGCUACUGAUGGCUGGAGACAAGAGAGGACUGUUGUGUGGAGGACUUGGGCUAUGAAUACAUCACUCUUUCUAUCAGCAUCUUUCCGGGUUUUUCUUUUUUUUGCUGGGCAAGGGGAGAAGGGGUUUUGCAGCAGGCUUCCUUCUCUAAAUGUGACUGCAGGAUAUCUUGAUUUUGCCUUUGAAAAACAAGACUCUUACCACAUCCUUUCCCUCCUCUGCAAAAGACAUUCUAGUGCAUGGGUGGGAACCAUGUAGCCAUUGUUUUACUGCAGCUCCCAGCAGUCCUCACUGCUCACUGUCUUGGCUGGGACUGAUGAGAGUUGUCACACAGCCCCCCCCCCCCGCAUUCCUUGGUAGAGCCAGCUUAGCAGUCUCCCAUUGGCAGCUGUUCACAGGCUGCCUAUCUUCCCUUUCUCCUAUGUAAACAGAAGGAGCAACUUGUACAUACCAUGGCAUGGACUGGCAUCCAUUGCCAGGCUCUCAACUGUCCAGAGUUUCUGAGGUGGCAGCAGUGUCCUAACUGUGUACUGGAUUGCCCUUGUCUCCGUCUCAGGUUUUCCUCGGGUGUCAUCUGAUCAUGUUAGCAGAAUAAUUCUUUCUGAAAUCUGAGCCCAAGGUGUGGUUGUCCACAGGACUUUCCCAGAAAUGAAGAGAACAGCUUUGACUGAGAAAUCUGUUCAUAUGAAGGACAAAGUGUUUUGAAGGGAUGGGGGAGCUGAGCAGGUGUGGCGAGUGGAGUUUUGCAAGAGUGGCAAGAGUGAUGUGUUGUUGCUGGCUGCCUCCGGAUGGAAAUGAGAGAGAGAGAGAGAGGAUGGGUGAGUGAGUGAAUGAGAAUAAUAUGGGCCUCUGUCUGGGGACUGGUGCCAGCCAAACUCAGCACUGCCAGCAUCAUUGCUUUCCUGCUUCAUCCUCAUUCUCCCUUCUCACCUCCUCCUCCUCCUCCUCCCUCCUCCUAGGCUGCCCUGCCCUUACUUAACAGGACUCUGUCCGAUUUCUACUUGGUAGCUGAGCCUUACCUGUCUAGUCCCGCACUAGACGCCUAAAGAUUGUAGCAUGCUUCUCCAUGCCAGGAACCUGACGGCUGGCAGACCACAAACCUCCUUACAGUAUUCACUGUGGGUAAUUUAUUUAAACUAGCGAAUGUAGAGUUUAAAAAUAAUUUAAAAAGAAAGAAAAACUAAUGGUUUGUUUGCAAGAUUGUAUGUCCUUUGUACUUGGCCUGAUUUUGCAUUCUUUGUGUUCCUGUCAGUUUCUCAUUUCCUUUCUCUUUUUUGUUGUUGUGAUCAUGAAGAGAGGGGUUCUCUGAAGGACCUUCAGAACUCAGCUGGAAACCCCUGAUGAUGUAGAGGAGAAAAUGGGGGGUGGGAGGAGGUUUCAGUCUCCAGGACCUUUGGCAUUGCCCCCCCACCGGCUGGCAAGGGCGAGACAUGUGGGGCAAGAAGAGCGGCGAGGGGGCUGGGACUUGGUCCAGCGUGGCAGCUGGGCCACUUCUUUGUAGCUUUCUCCUGCUUCCCUUCCACCCGUCUGUCUUCCCCAUUUUUAGUUUAAUUUAAUUUAAUUUUUUUUUUUUUGCAAGCACUAAAACAUUUACGUAAACGGCUUUUAAAAGACAAGGAAUGGUUUUAAUGUUGUGGGGAAUGAUUUCUUUUGUUCCUUUGUGGUCUGCGUUUGUUUGAAGUUUCUGUAUGUAAUGUAGUUUAAAAAAAAUAUUGCCAAACCAC